AUGUGUUUAUAUUUAACGUUAAAUCAAAAUAUUCAAAAUAAAUUACAUGAAGAAUUAAAAAAUUAUGCAAAAACUAAUGGAUUAAUAACUAAAGCAAUUGAACAAUUAAAUAAUAAUGAAAGCGGGGAUUUGUGUUUAGACUAUAUUUGCUCGGCUAUUAGUUUGGAACACAGACCUAAACUAAUUUAUACAAAUGCUGUUGUUAAUGAAACAUUAAGACUCGUUAAUUUAGUCCCUUUCAAUCUGGGGCAUUUAGCCUUGGAAGAUUUAAAUGUUGGAAAGUUUGUGUUGCCUAAAGGUACGUUUAUGAUACCCCAAGUAUCGGAUAUAUACCCAAAUCCUCAAAAUUUUGAACCUGAACGUUAUAUAGACAAUGAAGGGAAAUUAAAAAAAGCUGAUGAGCUAAUAGCUUUUGGUGUGGGGAAAAGGCAAUGUGCUGGAGAAGCUUUAGCAAGAAUGAUGCUUUUCCUUUUUGCUGCAAACUUUUUUCUUGCCUACAAAUUAUUACCAGAAGAUCCAUUAAAACCUCCAAGCAUAGAGAAACUUGGAGGAUUAACAGUUUAUGUAAAAGAAAAAUAUAAACUUAGAAUAGAACCUUAUUUAGAUUUGUUUUAA